GACAGACAGAAAAACAUAUUGGAUCUUCGUUGCUCGAUCAUCUUGAAUAAGAGAUUUUAUUUGAUUUAAUCGAUCUAAUUGUUCUUCUCUUUUUUUCUUCUGUUAAUGUGUUAAAUAAAAAAAAUGGCCAGAAACUUUGUACCAGCAUUUAAAACCUGUACCGAAAAAGAUAUAGAAUUAUUACAAAUAUUUAUUGAUAAAAGUAAAAAAUUAGCUGUAAUAACCGGUGCUGGUAUUUCCACUGAAAGUGGUCUACCAGAUUAUCGUUCAAAAGAUGUUGGCCUUUAUUCACGUAAUGGUUAUCGUCCAAUGAAUUAUUCAGAAUUUCUUGGUAAUCAUUCAUCAAGACAACGAUAUUGGGCAAGAAGUUUUUUAGGAUGGAAUUAUAUUCAUAAUUGUCAACCAAAUAUUAGCCAUUUAACAUUGACCGAUUGGCAACGAUUAGGAAAAUUGAAUACAAUCAUUACACAAAAUGUUGAUCGAUUACAUCAUAAAGCUGGUAGUGAAUCGGUAAUAGAAUUACAUGGUAAUCUUUACAAUGUAAAAUGUAUUGAUUGUAAUCAUCGUAUAUCUAGAAUUUUAUUUCAAACAAUUCUUAACGAAAUGAAUACAGAUUUACUUAAUGAUGAUAAAUCAUUACGAGCAAGAUUAUUACAAGAAAACAAUAACAACAAUCGAACGAUACGUCCGGACGGUGAUAUCGAUAUAAUCGAUGAUUUCGUUCAUUCAUUUCGUUUUCCAUCAUGUAAACGUUGUAAUGGUUUACUCAAACCUGAUAUUGUUUUUUUCGGUGAUAAUGUUGAUCAACAUUUAGUGGAAAAAAUUUAUAAAAAAUUAAAUAAUGAAUGUGAUUCAUUACUUGUGCUUGGAUCAUCAUUAAAAGUAUUUUCAAUAUUUCGUUUUAUUUUACAACAAAUUCAAUUGAAAAAACCAUUAGCUAUUGUUAAUAUUGGUCCUACACGUGCUGAUACUUUUUUACAAAAUGAUCAAAAUAAUAAUGAUAUUAUUUUAAAAAUUGAUUCAAAAAUUAGUGAUGUAAUUACAAAAAUUCAAAUCUAA